CACGCCACGCGGCAGUGACGCAAGUAAGAUGGCGACGGCUACUUAAGUGAGUCCGUUGCUCAGGCUCUCGUGAGUCCGUCGUUCCCGCAGGCCGCCUCUUUCCUGGUGGGAGCUGGUCGCUGACCUGGCCUGAGGGCGGAGAGCUUCCCAGAGGCGCGGCGGCUGCCUCGCUGGCCCCGGUAAACCCUGGCCGCCCUUGGUCUUGAGUGGGGCGGGGAGAGUGCGCUGGCAGCACCCGCCCGAGAAUACCAGAUUAACUAUAUGGUUAUAUCCACCACGGCUGCGGCGGAGAAAGCUCCUCAUGAACUCGGAACAGCGCAUCAACCGGAUCAUGGGCUUUCACAGGCCCGGGGGCGGCGCAGAAGAAGAAAGUCAAACAAAAUCAAAGCAGCAGGACAGUGAUAAACUGAACUCCCUUGCCGUUCCUUCAGUUUCAAAGCGAGUAGUGCUGGGUGAUUCAGUCAGUACAGGAACAACUGACCAGCAGGGUGGUAUGGCCGAGGUAAAAGGGACCCAGCUGGGAGAAAACCUGGACUCUUUCAUUAUACCACCUGACUGCAGUAAUGAUGGCAACCUUGAGCUCCGGCAGCGGAACAGAGGGGACCUGACCACAGACAUUGUCCAGAGGGGUUCUCGCCGUGGUCUAGAACAAUAUCUCUCCAGAUUUGAAGAAGCAAUGAAGCUAAGGAAACAGCUAAUUAGUGAGAAACCCAAUCUGGAAGAUGGAAGUACAACAGAAGAAUUUGACUCUUUUCGAAUAUUUAGAUUGGUGGGAUGUGCUCUCCUUGCCCUUGGAGUCAGGGCUUUUGUUUGCAAAUACUUGUCCAUAUUUGCUCCAUUUCUUACCUUACAACUUGCAUACAUGGGAUUAUACAAGUAUUUUCCCAAGAUGCACCUGCUCUGUCUUCCUGGCCUGUAUUUACAGUGAGGAUGAUAAAUCUGGACAACAGCCAACUGGAAGAUGUUUAUCUCUUAAUGCUGCCUGUACCUGGAACAGGAAGUGCUGUUAGUGAACUUUGGGUCUCUGGAAGAAAAUGCUCUAGAUGUUUUCCUUAUGUAAAAAAAGGAACCUCUUUGGAAAAAAGAGGCAGACAGUCUGAAGAUCUCUGAAAUGUAAAUUAACUCAAGACUUGCAGUUCUCUUGAAGCCUCAUCAAAGGAGUAAUUAUCUUGGAUAAAAUCAAAGAAGUCUCCUGGAGGAGCAAGAGUUUACAGCCAAAACUUUACUCUCAUAUAGGUUCCACCUCUAACUGUUAUGAAACUUGGGGGACUUACUCUGAGUCUGUUUUCACUCAGCAGAAAUGGGGAGAAUACUCCUAAUUAUGGGGUUAAGCUUAAGUGAGAUGAUAUACUGAAAAUGAUUUUGGUAAAGUACUAUUUUUUCGUCUCUUGGAGGAAUAAGAAGAAAUAAUUUAAGGGAUAUUCUGGGUGUCAUCUAAGAAAGAAGCCAACAUCUUAAGACCAGAGAUUAUGAAAAACUAAGCUUAUUCUAACACUUUGCAACACUCCCUUUUCAUCUCUUAGGCUUCAUCAUAUGAAACUGUCCGUUCUUGCCACCUGGUGGAGAAAAUGAGUAAUGCAUUGGAAACACUGAUUCUCAGCUUAGAACAGGGAAGAGUGGAAUCUCUGCACACAGAAUUUGUUCAUUCUGGAUAUUCCUACUGUGUUUCAGGUAUGGGAUGCAGCAAUGAGGAAAACACAAAGUUCUUGUCCCCAUGGAACUUAAACUCUAGUGGGGGAGAACAAUCAGAUAUAUAAUCUGGAUGGGGAUAUGUGCACUUGAGAAGAGCAGGAGAAGAGAACAGAGAUGGUGCUGUGACCAAGAAAUUAGGAUUUAAGGGCUAAUUAUGAUUACUGAAUCAUCAUAUAGAUAUUCAUUUUUACUUUCUGGUAUGUUAGAGUAGACAGAGGGGGAAAUAUGUGAAACCUGAACUGUAGUCUAGCUGGCUUGAUCUCUGAUAAUGAUUGUACAGCCUUUAUCUUGUACCCUUGUGAUUGUAAAAACCUUAUGACUAACCUUCGCUUGCACCCAUUUACCCAGUUUUUUUGCUUUAAAGUCUUAUGAUUACUAAAGACAGCCCCUAAUAUUUAUUAAUGAAGGAUCUUUGGUCAAUCAAGAGCUAACCCACCCUAAGUCCAAAAUUAUCUUGAUAACUGAAGCUGGAGCUAACCAAAAUGGGCCCUUCUUACAUGUGCAGUAGCUUAGACUUUAACUUACAAGUCAUCUAUGCUUCAUUAUACUACUAAAAAUCAUGCCCAUCAUAUUAAAGCUGCCAUUUUCUUAUAAACAUCCUGUGAUUAAGUGUGUAAUCAAUCUGUGCAUGCUCAAUAAUUAAAUCACCUCAACGUCAU